UUCGAGAGAAGCCGGCGUGGAUGCGAAAGGACCCCAAGUGGCGGAAGGGGCGAAGCUGGAAUCGAGCCUCGACUGACGAACCAUGUCUCGAGCGUGUGAGGCGGGCAGCAGUAGCAGUGGUAGUGAGGAGCUACACGUCUGCGGUCUAUGCGGCAAAGAAGGCGUCAAGUUGAGAUGCAGCACCUGCGUUCAAGUGUACUACUGCGACCGGAAAUGCCAGCUUUCGGACUGGAAGACCCACAAACCGAUUUGCAAGGUGUUGUCUGGGGGAGGAAACGGCAUGAAGAAGGCUCUUGAGGUUUUCGAAGGUUUACUUGCUGCCGUGGAACGCGGAAAGGGACCUACCACGGCUAGUGGAAAGGUACCCACCACGGUUAGGAAGGCUGAUGUCAGCUUGUUUGACGACAACUUCAAAUGGGACGAAGGACUCACCAAAGAGGAGGUCUACGUGAGGUUUAUUGAUAGCUUUCGCCUGCGACGUGACGACGAUUACGCUUUCGGUGCAGAAAUUUGCGAGUUUUAUGCCUUAGGAAAUGCUAUACCAGGCUUCAAGGAUUAUUUGAAUCAAGCAAAGGCGAAAAACAUUCUACCUAGCUGGUGGAGUGAGCAGGAUGAUCGCAAGAUUAUGAUCUUCUCGAUGUCGCACAAGUGGGCAAACCUGAAUUACGCUGUGGAGAAAUAUGACAUAGAAGAUCACUAUUGUGCUCUAAACAAGCCAUUUGAGCAUAUGGUUCUUCGCUUCUUGGCCGAACAAAUUACCGGUGACAAUCCUUGCUGCGCCUUUAAGUAACGCUCCAGAAUGAGUCGAAUGGAUCGAUCUAAUGUCCAUUUCAGUUGUUGCCUGGGACACAAUUUUGCAAUUAAAUUUGUGAAGACCCUCCGCUAUCUGUACCGUCAGAUAUAGUCGUCUUGCGGGUUAAAUGGCGAGCGUUCUCUCAUUAGGCACUGGAUACUCAUUUGGGCUACAACGAAUACAUAACUUACUUUGACUUCGCCAGUUUUUUUGUGUGAGAAGAAGAGUAAAACUCUCUUCAUUCUUGUUUAUGGGUUGGCUUCUCGU